AUGCAAUCCGCAGAAUCCAGAUCGGAGAAGGGGCGAUGUGAUAUCGACGAAGGCACCAUGUCACCGCAGAUAGAGGAGGUUGCUGUGCCAUUACCCGGCCGAGAGGGCGGCCAACGCGUACGCGCCGCGGGGUGCAGUGAGGCUAGUAAGAGGGUGCAGUUUGUCCCUUUGUACCCUGAGACCGUAGAACACGCACACCAUGUGUUGAGUAGUACUCCAGCCCUUCCAUCGGGCGCCAGUCGUAUCGACCAAAUGCAGAGAGCAACCGGGGCCGGUAGCUCGUACGUCUACUGCGAACCUCCAGGGCUGCAGGACGGGAAGGGUACCAUGACACAAAAUCGGGGAGAGCCGGCUGGUGCCAGCCGGCAGGGUGCGAGUUGGAUCCCCAUGCAGUUGAGGCGUGAGGCUCUUUCAGCGACUGCCAACUGUAAUAGAGGGAACGACCACCCGUCGCGGUGUCAUUGCUCUUGUUCUUGUCGCCCAUCUUCGUGGAGUUCCGCGGAAUCACUUACCUUCGCUCCGCCGUCGCGCAGUCCGUCCCCAUUGCCGCGUGUAGAUAUCCUCUCUGUGUGGCAUGCAGGCCUUACUCUCAAGUGGAUGUCAAUGUCAGGGUGCGGUGGAAUACGGCAAUACUCGGAGGACCGGAGCGCCUUCAGCACCUUCAGCAACUUCGAUGACAUCACGCUGUUCCGUUUUCCCGUAGACGAUUAUGUAGUCCGUGUUACGCGGUGUUUUGGUUGCUCUUACGAAUGCGUCGUCUGUGCUCUUGUCUAUAUAGACCGCCUUAUAGAAACUGGUCUAGAAUUACACGACUGGAAUGUCAGACAGCUUUUCCUAACCAGUCUAGCAUUAGCGACCAAGAUUUACGACCGCUUCAACUAUGGCAAUGACUAUUAUGCACGUGUGGGGUCAUUACCCACAAGACGGUUCGAGCACAUGGAAUCCGUCUUUCGAUGCCUUCUAAAACCCACUCUGGAAGUUGGAGCCGACGAGUUUCGUUUCGCUCGUUGUUCAAUUCAGACAAACGGUGAAGGAAUUCGGUCCUUGUAUGGCGACUAUCUGGCGUGCCCAUUUCUACCGGAAUACCUUCCUCCGUCUGAGGACAGCUUAUCUGAGCUGCCAUCUUCGUCCUCCCUCAGUAGAUCUGGGCACGGGCCUUCCUCGUCGACGACGCGUUGUUCCUUACACCCACCGAAGCCUGAAAUGCUGCAGUGUACGCCACCUCGACAAGGGGCAGCUGGCGAAAGCAACGAAGGUACUGCAGUUACAUGGGGUGAGCAAAGCCAAGCAAUAUGGGGCAAGAACGGCGGGGAGUCGACAGGACGCAUCAGCCAGCGCGGAUCGCAGCGCCAGCUGCGCCAGGCCGAUGAAGACCAUCAACAAAAAAGCCACGAAGGCUUCCAGUCCGAAGCUUCGACUACAUCCAGCUCCGCGAAAGAAGCACCGACUCCACCAGGCGCAAAUGUUUCUGAAGAGACGCCCGCGAAUCCGCUACUGGAAUAUGCGGAAGCAGGUCUGAGUUGUCUGAUUCUAGCCCCGAUGUGUCCCUUUGUUUUCCUGUAUCUGGCUUUUGCCGCGUCCUACGGCAAUCGCAGGUCUCGGACAUGCUAUAGCUAG